UUUUUUUUUUUUUCCAUAUUUAAAAUGUCGAACAAUGUCAAUUCCGAAGAUACAUUAAACUCUUCGAAUCCUUCGAUUUCGAACAAAAGCCGUAGCUCUAUCGAUCAUGGUUUUAAGACGCCUAGUAUGGGUUUGUAUGGAGAAGCAGGUAAGGUGGUUCAAGCAGCAGCUGAGAGUAUCCCUCAACUUAUGCUUGUCUGGAUGAAUGAACGUAAUGCACCUGAGUUAUUGCCGUACGAAAGAACUUUAGUGGAACCCUUGAUUGACGCUAUUGAAAAACAGGCUGAAUAUAUCAUGGACAAAGUGGACGACAAACUUAUGAUUAUGAUUUUUCAGACCGAAAUCGAAAGAAUCAAAUACCUAAUCAAGAGUUAUUUACGCACACGAUUAUUCAAGAUGGAGAAAUAUUCACUCUACAUUUUACGACGACCCGAUUUGCAAGAACUGUUAUCAUCGCAGGAGAUUAUCUAUGUACGAAGAUACCAAGAGUUAAUAGAGAGCCACAACCACAAUUCAUUUUUACAUCAAAUACCAUUAUCACAACAUCGACAGGAUGAGAAGAGUGGUGAUAUGAACAUGGUGGUUGAACCCAAUUUUGAAGCGGCUGUCUUUUGCAAAGCUCUGAUCACAGUAGGCGAAAUAGAUCUUGUCCGUCGAACCAUGAUCCAUACUGUUUUAUUCGAAAAGGAUGACAUUAUAUUUGUACGUUAUCGUGACAUCCGACAACUUUUGCUAGAAAAGAAAGUUAGACUGAUUUAAGAUGACAUCAGAAAAUAGGAAAUAAAUAAAAAAUAAAAGAAACCUAAAUAAAUCUAA